AUGAUUGCAAAAAUGAACGAUUUAGUAUGCUUAAAGUUAUUAAAAACUAAAAAAAGAAAUAACCGGAAUAAGAUAUAUACAAUUUUACCAAAUGAUAGCAAUAACAUAAUAGCUUUAUUAUACAUCAAAAAUGAAAAAAAUACAAAUGAAGAAAAUUUUAAAUUAUAUAUCAGUGUCUUGAAUAGUCAUAAUGAUGAUAUUUUACUCAAUAAUAAUACAAUUAAUGCUUUUUGGAUUUACUGCAAUAAGGAUAUUUUUCCAAAAAAUAAUCCUGUGAAACCUCAAAUUCCAAUUUUGGUUUCACUACAACAUGAUCGUUUGAAUUUUUACUUUUUUACCAAUGAUCAUAAAAUAAACUCGCAUUUGGAAAGCCGUGAAAUUAUAAUCAAAGAUGAACGGUUAUAUUUCGAUAUUUAUAAUAAGACUGAUGGAAAAACAUAUAACCAUAACACAAUGUACAAUUUUUAUAUUACUUUUGAUAAGUUAUUUCAUUUUAUGGAGUCAUUUAAUAAAAAUUUGUCUAUAUUGGAAUCAUUCUCUAAAAAGUUUAUAAAAAUAAUAUUGAAGGAUGAAAAUUCUUUUUUUAUUAUACUAAAUGAUAUAAUAUGCGCUGAAUUUGUUUCAAAUGGGCUAUGUUUGCAGGUGAAAAAAAUAUUUGCCCUUCAAAACAUAUUGAUGGAGGUAGAUAAUUAUAUUUAUUUCAGCAAAUGUAUUUCAAGGAAUGAAUUCUUAUUUCUUUUGACUUUGACACCACAACAAUUUCUGAUUAUUUACAAGGAAGAAGCCCCAUAUUUGGCAAUAAAUAUAAACAAGCAUGUAUUAACAUUUUUUAAGGAUUUUGAGGUGAAUUAUGAUAUAUCCACUGUGAUUUUGAUAGAUUUAUGCAAUAAUGUGUGGUCCUUUGAUAUCCAAGAGUUUUCUGAUUUAUGUUUAUUUGAUGAACAAGAUAAGACAAGCUUCAAGAAAAAUGUAAAAAUAAAAAGUGUAAAAAUUCAUUCACUAUAUUUAAAGAGUGAAUCCGAGAAAAAUAUAAAAAUAAAUGAUAUUAAAAAUUUCUAUAAAGAAGUAUAUUGUGAAAAUAAUUACAUUAAUGAAUGUAACUCUAAUAAUAAUACGAAGAUAAAUUUAAAAUCUUAUUUUCCUGACUAUUUUAAAUUCACACAAAACAAAAUUUACAUAAAUAAAAAUUAUAAUAACAACGAUGAUUGUAACAUUAGCUUAAAAAGCUAUAAAUAUUUAGAAUAUUCAAAAUAUUCAUAUAUAAUUUGUAAAUUAAAAAAAAUAUAUUCCUUGAAUAGUGAAAAUUUAUAUCAAACUAUUAAAUCUAAUGUGAUAGAGAAUGAAAAGGAGAAAACCGUUAGGGGAAACUUUGAUGUUUUAUAUUUUUAUGUUCAAAAUGAAAAUUAUAAUUAUAGUCCGAGCAAAAUUCGGUUUUCUAACUAUGAAAAUAGCAUAAAAAAUUUUAAUAAGACUUAUGAAGAUAAUAUAGAAUAUAUGGCAUCUCAAUUAAAUAAUAGACAAACUGAUUAUUACAUUAGAGAAAAGUAUAAUGUUUUACAAUAUGAAGAAAUUUACAAUAGUGUUGUUGACCAAAAAAAUAGAAUUAAUCAUAGUAUGGAUCAUGCUAAUAUUUUAUAUGAUAGCAGUAAUCAUGCGAUUGAAAAUUAUUCUUAUGAUAUAAAUAAAGUCAGAGAAAAUUAUGAAAAUAUAAAUCUACAUAAAUUAAAAAAUGUAGAAAAUGGGGUAAACAGUCUUAAUAGCAUAUUACCCAAGUAUAUUCAACUUAUUAAUAUGUAUCCCAUUUAUAGUAAUAUUCGAAAAUUAUUUUUAAUUAGUAGAUUUAAAUGGGAUUAUAAUAAGAAUCAUUAUGAAGGUAACAAAAAAAUUAGUGAUAAUUUUAUAUACAAUAAAAGCGCUAAUAAAAGUCAAAAACUUUUCUAUAAUAAAAAAGUGAACUUGGUUAAAAUUAACUCAUGUAAAGAAUAUUAUUUUGUUGAAGUAUUUUUUUUUAAGAAAAAUGAGAAUAUAAAUAAAAGGCGUGUAAUAGUAUUAAGAAAGACAAAGGAAAAUAGUAACAUUGAAUUUUUGGUUGUUCUUAAAAAUUACAAUUAUUUUUAUGUAAACGAGAAAAAAAAACAUUGUCUUUUUAAUGUUGAUAAUGCAUUGUGCAAAUUAGUAUUUAAAAAUAAUAUUAAUACAUUGAUUAGUAUAUGUGCAUAUAAUAUACUAGAAAAGGCAACAAGUAUUAUAAAAGUAAAUGAUUUGAAAAGACAAUACUACUACUUCAUAAUGCUAUAUAACGGUUUUUUAAAUAAAGAUAUAUUUUUAAUAAAAAAAAGUUUAAAUAUUCAAAAAUUUAAAGAAAUGAUAUUAUUUUGUAGAAUAUUAUUUCAUUAUAUUUGGAAUAAUUUUAAUAUGGAUAUUAUUUAUUUUUAUUUUAUUGAUUAUUUUUCAUUUAUAAAUCAUAUAUGGAAAAAAAAAUAUAAAACCAAAUUUAAACAUAUUAAGAAACAAAUAAAAGAAAAAAAGGAAUUUAUACAAAUUUACUUUUCCUUGAGCUUAAAGAAGAUAUUUGACAUAGUAGAUAUUGUUGGAAAAAAAUAUCUCUGUUUUCAAAACACCAUAGAAUUUAAAAAUUCAUUAAUGCAAGACAUGUUCAAUGUUAAUCAUAAGAGGUCACAGAAAAAAAUCAUCUCCGAUAACAACAAAUGCAAAAUGAAUAAUAAAGACAUGAUAGAUAAAACUGAAAAUAAGAAAGUUCAAGCAAAAAAGCAACACAUCCAAAAAAUGGAAAUGUCUAAUAGUUGUAAUAAUGAAAACUAUAAUAUUAGAAAUAGUAAAACCAAAACAAAAUCACACCUCAUUAAACCAGAUAAAUAUAUAUCGAAUGAUAAAAGUUUUGAUAAUUUCGAGAAACUCUAUAAUAACAUCACAAAUGUAGAUCAAAUAAAAGGAAAUGUAAAUUCAAAUAGUAUAAACAAAAUUAACAAUAGUAAUAAAAUAAUCACAAUGGAUAAUAAUCAAACGAAUAAUUUAAAUAACUAUAAAGAAAGAGUUCGAAAUUCAUCAUGUGAUGAUAUGAAGAAAAUAACUAAAAAGAAAAAACAAAAUGAUGAAAAGGAGGUGAAUUUAUUUUUAAAAGAUCAAGCCGCUGAUAUUGGAACCGAACAAAUUCGACAAAAUAAUAAUUACAAUAAUUUAGAUAAUAAAUACUCACAAAUACUUGAAUUUUAUUAUUUUGAAAAAAUGUGUUAUAACGAGCAUUAUAAUAUAUUUGUUAAUAAAAAGUAUAGUAUGGAAAUAUGCACAAUUACGUUAGAUUUUAUUAUAUCAUUUAUUGAUCGCUUUGGGGAAAAAAUAAAUAAUAAAAAGCGACUAGGAAAAAAUAAAAUGAAAAAAAUAUUUUUAGAAAUGAAUAAAUAUAUAUAUAUGGUUAAAAUGAUUAUGAGCAUAAUAGCAAAAAAUGAUUAUACAAAUAUAGAGAAAAAGACAAAAAGAAAUGUAAGCAAAAUAAAUGUUUGGAGAGACAAUAAUUUUUUUAAUAAAUAUAAUGGAAAUAAUUAUGAACAAAAUUUUAUAAAUCAUGCAUAUAUAAAUGUACAUAGUAUGCAUGAUACUAUUUCAGAAAUGUUAUAUGUCGAAAAGUUACAUUCUGACAAAAUAAAUAAAUUAAUUCUUAAUCAUUAUCAUUAUUUUAAUACACCUAAUGUUAACAAUAAAGUGGAUAAAUUUAAAUGUAAAAAUGAUCAAGACAAAAAUAAUCAUGAUUUGCCACUUCAAGUUGCUAAUAAAAAUACUGGAAAUGAACAAAUCAACCUUAAGGAUAAAAUUCACAAUAUAUAUAGUUUAUUAAAUUUGCAACGACAUGAACAAAUGAUGAAACACAACUAUGGUAAGGAUACAGUUACCAACUGUACUGAUGAUAGAAAGAUUUCCAACACAUGCAAACUAGAAAACAUAAUGAAUAAUGAAUAUAGAAAUAAGUUGAAUGAAAAAGAUUAUAAAAAGUUAUUUUUUUGUUUAUGUUAUUGUUAUAUAGUAAUAACAAAAAGGAAGAAAAUUCCUUAUCUUAAUAUGAAGAAUGUAUUAUAUAAAGAAGUAAUUAAUUCAAAUAAAUUAAUUAAUAAGAACAUUAUAUUUGAUUAUGUUAUUUAUGAUAUUCUUAAUAAUAACAACCUUAGUGCAACUAUUUAUUAUAUUUAUUCAAAAAAAUACGAAUUUUUUUUUAAUUUUAUCGUAUUAUAUUUCAAUUAUUAUGUUUUACGCAACUUUUUUCUGAAUACACGCAAUAUGUUUAUUAGAAAAUUUUAUGAUUCUGUUACCCGAGGGAUAGAAAAUUAUAAUACAGGUAUAAAGAAUGAUUAUUUUGAUAAAAAUUGUGAGAAUAUUAAAUUAAACAACAAGGGUGAAAAAGACAAAAAAAAGAAAGAAAAGAAGAAGACAUCAGAAUAUUCCUCAUUUUUUAAUAAUUUUUUAAAUGCAAUCAUAAAUGAUUUUGACACUAUAAUUAAUAAAAAGGAAGGAUCACCGUAUAAUCGAUUUGUUUAUGAUUUAUUUAAAAACAUUGAAAAUUAUGAACUCCAUAGAAGAAAUACCCAUCAAAAAAUGAUAAAUAGUAAAGAUGUCGUUGAUCCAAUCAUUAACAAUAAAAUGGAUUCUAAUAAUAACAAUAAUACAAAUAAAACAGAUGUUGUACCAAGAGAAGGAGAUUGCAAUUAUAUAGGGAUGGACAAGUGUAAUUCCAUUAAUAAAGGUGAUCGAAAUCUAAAUAAUUUAAAAAGAUAUGAGAAUGAUUCAUAUUUCGGAAAAAAUAGCAUAAUAGAUGCCAUUUAUGAAAUAUAUAAUAUGUACUAUAAUAUAAAAGACAGUUUUAUAAAACUGGAAAGUGAGAUGAAUGAAAAAAACAUGGAUAGUAUUUUUAAUUUUCAUUAUAAUUUAAAAAACUGUGUAAAGCGUAAUUUGCAAAAUAUAAUUCUAUUAAUUUAUAAAUUAAUCAUAAAGGAUAAAAAAGUUAAUAAAAUAAAUAAUUGCUUUAAAGAUCAGAUAAUGAAACAAUUAAUAAGAAAUUCCAAAAUACCAUUUGCUUUUAUGCAUUUAAAUCCACACGAAAUUAUAAUAAAUUAUUAUGGAAUGAUUAUAUAUAGAUUAUUAUGCAACAAUAUAGAUAAUUAUCUAGGUCUAUGUAUAUAUAUAUUGAAAAGAUUAUGCGUUGAUGUUUUCAAGUUUUUUAAAGCUAUAGCUUUUUAUACAGUAAAAAAAUAUAUUAGAAAUAAACUGCUACUUUUUUUGAUCAAAAAUAAAUGCUUAUUUAAUCAGGUUGAUAAAAAAGCUGUAAAAUUUAUUUCUAUUUUAGAAAUAUUUUAUAAAAAUAGUUCAUACACUACUGAGCAUAACAAUGAAUACACUAAAUAUAUAUUGAACAAUAAUAUUUUUAGACUAUAUGAAAAUAUGACAUUUUUUAAGGCUUUCAAAAAGAAUAUACUUCAAGCUGGUUAUAAUUACAUAUUUAAUAUAGCAUAUAAAGAAAAAAACGUUUUAAAUAUUUUCAAUUAUUUCAUAAGUAUGCAUAAUAAAUUAUUUUCACAAAAUGCAAGUUUUUUAAGUUAUUUUAAUCAAAUGUCUCUCUUAUUUAUUCCUUUCAUUAUCCAAAAUUUUUAUUGUACUUAUGACGUUAGUAGUUUAUAUGGUGGUCAGAACCAUAUAGACAAGGAAAGACAAAAACAAAAUCAAUUAAAAUUAAAGGAUAUACAUUUCUUUUUACAAAACGUAAAAAUUAAUUACAAAAAAAAAACGAAGAAAACAAGAGGAAUCAUAAUGGCAGUUGAAAAUUAUUGCCGUCUUAAGCGAAAUGUGCAUACUUAUACAAAAAAUAAAAGUAUCAUCCGUUACUCUAAGACUCUCCAUAAAAUUUGUAAUGAAAGAUGGAUGCAUCAUUUCAAAUUAAAGAAAAUCUCUCAAAAUAAAAAUAAGUGGAUUAAAAUUUCUACGUACGAAAUAUCCGAUUUUUAUAGAAACUGUAUUAUAAAUAAUAAUAGACGCAUAUCAAAUAUAGAAGGCACUACAAAUUUUAAUAAAAAUCAUAUUUUAUCAAAAACACAUUUAAAAAAUGAAUUAAAUUAUGAUGAAUCUAUAAAUGGUUUGGUAAAUAAACAGCAUAUACCAAAUAAUGUAGAAGCAAUUAAAGAACUUAUGAACACAGAAAAAUGCAUGAAUCAUGAUAAUAAAAAUGAUAGUCUAAAUUUUUCGAAUAAACCUAUUUAUUGCUAUUAUGCAAAUAAAAAAGGGAAUGAAAAUAUCAUUACUUAUAAUAUGGGAAAAAAUUGGAUGAAGCUAAAAGGGAAAGAAAUAGAUGAUCCAAUAUAUAUUUGUCACAAAAAUUUAGAUCAAAAUAUUAUUAAAGAAAACAAUAUAAAAAGCAUAAAGAAAUAUAUACACGAUUUUAAUGCAAAUAAAAAGCCAUGGCAUUGUGAUUAUAAUUAUGAUAAUGAAUGUUAUUAUUUAUACUUUACAAAUAAAAAUGAAAAUCAAGAAAGAUAUUUAAAAAAAAAAAAAAGAGGCAAAUCUAAAAAUGAAGAAGAAUUUAUGAGUGUACCUAUUGAUUAUAAUUAUUGUAGUGUUGAUGCAAUAGACACAUUUGUUCUCCAUAAUAAUCAUAUUAUUGAAAAAGCUUCAGAAAUUUAUUAUAAAGAUAAAGUUAUUACUAAUGAUAAAAACAAUGAAUAUUCUUAUAUAAAUAAUACAUUUGUACUUGAAAAAAAUUGUAAUAUAAAUAAGCAAUAUACAAAUUGGGGCUCAAACAAAUUUACGACUUUAUCAGAAAAUAAUCAAAAUGAAAAAUACAAUCAUAGUAUAACUGAUGAAGACAAGAUAAAUCGAAAUGCUUAUGGGGUAGUAGCUCCCGUUUUAAAAAAAUAUGAAAAUUCCGUAUAUAAUUACAGACUAGUUCCCCUUGAAGUAUCUACGCAUGGGUCCUAUUUAUGCUGUUCUUUGUCAAUGCUAAAAAAUGUAAAUACUAACAUUAUGCUCAGAAUUGUAUUAGAAAAAAGAGGAAUUUCAUUUUUACACUUUAUAUUAAAUUAUUUUUUAAUUAAAAAGACAAAAAGAAGAAAAAAACGUUUCAUGAAAAAUGAAAUGUAUACGUGUAAUAGUUCUCUUAUAAUACGAGAAAACCAAUAUGGCAAUAUAAUAGAAAGACAAAAAGGUGCACACGAUAGGGAUUAUAAUAAACAUUGGAAAUGGAAAACAAAACCAAAACAACAGAGACUUAAUAUAUAUGAUUCUAUAUAUCCACAUUUAAUUAGUAAGCAGUAUGAUGAGGAUUUAAUUGUAUUUAAUAAUAUAGCCAAAGAGAAUAACAAAACCAUCGUGAGCAAUUUAAAUGUGAAACCAAUUUAUAAGCAUGUAGUUUUAAAAAACUGUAACAAUAAUAAAAAAAAUAAAAUAAAAGUGAAAAAUUUAUUCUACGAGUUAAUAAAAUUAAUGAAUAUAAAAUCGUAUGAUGACAAAUUGUUUAUAUAUAUUUUAAACUAUUACAUUGAUAACAAUAAUAUAUCUAUUAUAUUUAUUGUUCUAAUAACAUUAAAAUAUUUUAGCAAUAAUUUUUUCAAAACACUUCACAAAUCGAAAGAGUUCAAUUUUUAUGAAAUUAUAAAAAUAGGGACUAAAGACAAAAGUUUUAAUGAAAACAACGAUAAAACGGAUAAACCAAAUGGAAAUAUAAAAGAAAAACGUUCAUAUUUUUGUAGUAAAAAACAAAAGAAUAUCGAUUAUAACAUAAGCUUAAAUUCAUACGAGAAAUACUUCUUAAAAAUAAUAAGUUAUAUUCAAAAUAAUUUAAGAAAUAAAGCGAAUAGUUUUAUAUAUGAAUAUAUUGAGUCUAUUUUGGAAUGUCUUGGUAUUUUUUUAUACAAAUUUGAUUUUUUAUAUAAUAUAACCUUUUUGGAUAGCUGCUCAUCUUCCCCAUGUGUAUGUUUAAAAAAUGAAAAGAAUAGUGAAUAUAUUCAGAACAAUAAUUUAAAGGUACUAGACAAAUUGGGAAACAAAAAAAACGAACAAAAUUUCUUUAGUUUGAAUAUUUUAAAGAGUAGAAAUCCUGAUACAUAUAUAUCUUAUAAUAUGAUGACAAAACUUAGUAGAAAUUUUUUAUUGUUCAAUUAUUUAUCAUAUGAGCAUAUUAAUAAUAAGUUCGGCAUGGGUAAUCAUAAUUAUUUUUGGGAUAAUGAUGUUUUUAUGUUAUACAAUAAAAAAUAUGUAUCAACAAAUAAAAUCAAUAAUUUUCACAAAUUUGUGCUUAGUUACUUUUUAGCAAAUCAAACUUAUACAUCUAUGUAUUUUUUUAUCUUGAAAAAUAUGAGUUUGUUUCAAUCAUUUAAAAAUUGCAACUAUUUAGUAAAGCAUGUGUAUCGAAAAGAAGAAAAGAAAAAUAUUUUGUUAAAUAUGUCUUCCAAUUUACAUAUAUCAUAUGUACCUUGUUAUUUAUAUUCUCGCUUAUCCAACAAUUUGUUACCAUUGUCUUUAUACAAUGCUGGUGCGAUAUUUAUAUAUGAGUUAAAAGCAGAUCUCCUAAGGAAUAAAAAAAUAUCAAAUAAAGCAUGCUUAAAUAAAGACAGAUUAAUGGAUAUAUCUAAAUGUAAUAACGAAAAUGGACACAAAGGAAAUGAGAAAAAUGAAGUCGAUUUUAACGAAUGGAAUAUCAGUCAAAAUAUUAAUCAAAUAUGCAAACAAAUUUUAAGAAGAGAUAAUGAUGAUAUACAAUAUAUGCCUCUCAAUAUAUUAAGCUUUUUAAACGUAAAAUUAUUCUUAUGCAUAUUUGUAUUUAGCAGUGUUGAUAUAUUUGAUUUCAAUACAAACAAGGUAGAUAAUCCUUUAUAUGUAAAUAUAUAUUAUUUUAAAAAAUUGACUAAAUGCUUUGCUACAUCAAUUUAUGAGGCAUAUUUCGGUUGCAAAUCAAAUUUUAAAAAAAGUAUAAAACAAAAGCUAGAAGAAGAAAAACGAUUGAAUAAGGACAUAUUUAAACUAGCUAUAGAAAAUUUAAAGCGGUAUAAAGAAAAUUAUAUAAAUAUUGCCAAUUGCGAAAACAAUACCGAAAAUUAUACGCAUGAAAUUCGAAAUAGUUAUGGAAAAUCGAAUUCCUUCAACAAAUUUGAAAUAAGUAAUAAUAAUCAAUACCAAUUUUGCUUUGAAAAUAUAGCAUUAAUAAAAAAAAUAAUGAAUAAGAACUAUGAGUAUAAAGACAAAGAUAAUUACAGUUUGAUGAAAAAAUUAGGGAGCAUUAAACACAUUAAAGACAACUGUAAACAAAAUAAGUAUAUAUAUAAUGAUAGAAUAAAUUUUGAUCAAGUAUUUGAUUUUUAUACAUAUAAUAAAGAUUUAUCAUUGAAAUUUUUAUUAAAAACAUAUAUAGAUGAGUCGUUUUUUCAAAAAUAUUUUUCUCCUUUUUCUCUUUUUGAAAAUAUGUUUAAGAAUGAAAAAGAAGCAUAUGCAGAUAUUGAUCAGCAUCAUUUACAAAAUGACAAAACAAAAAAUGAAAAAUCAACGACAAAUAAAUUAGACAAAACUGCAACAAAUCAACAUAUUUUAUAUGAUAACCAUAAUAUGGCAAAGACAAAAAAUAUAAAAGAAUUAUAUAAUUACAAUGAUUUUUUUGCAUACAUAAGAAAAUGGAAAAAUUGGGAAGAUUAUGCAGUGUACAAAUCUGAAUGUAAUAAAUUACAAAAUUGUGAAAAUAUAAUUCAAGUUGAAAACGGAUUUUGCAACGAUAAUGAGAUGCCCAUUUGGAAAGACAAUACACAAAAUUUUAAUGAAAACAAAUUUAACAAAUAUUGUAAUAGUAAUUCUAUUGGUACUAUUUGUAGUACUCAUUUAAAAGAAAAUCAAUUUUAUUUCUUAAAAUAUUUUAAUAUAAAAUAUUUUCUUACUACUUUCCAACCACUAAUAGCAUACCACAUAUUAAUCUUAAACUGUAUUUUUUAUAAAAAUGAUAAAUCAAACAAUUUUGAGCAUUAUUUAUAUGUAAAUAAUUAUGAUGUGAAAAUAUUGAAUAAUUAUAUUAUUAGCAACAAUAUUACUUUACCGUUAAAAUUAGAAGAGUGUUUAAAAAAUGUGCUUAUAAAAUUAUGUCUAGAAUUAACUAUAUUUUAUUUUAAUAAUAGCAAUAUAUUGUGCUCUAUCUUGUGCUUUCUAGAUUUAUGUAAUAUUCGUAUUGAAAAAUUAAAAAUGUAUAUUCUUUCUAUGAAAAGUAUACAUUAUUAUUUUAAAAAAAAUUAUAAAAGAAAAGCAUUUUGGGAUAAGUGGAUAAAAAAAUGUUUUCAAUUUUUUAAUAUCAAUUUAUGCAAAAGAGAUAAAAGCAUAUUUUAUGAAAGUUUUACUUCUCUAGACAUAGAUUACUAUGAGGUUUUUAAUAAAACAUUUAUAGAGUUAGUUGUAAUUAAGUUGUUUUUAGAAUUGUCAAAGGAAAAUGAUGAAUUCGAGCAAAUAGGCAAAGAAACAAAUAGUGAAUAUCCAGAUAAAAAAAAUAGCUCUACAACCAUUAGAAGAGAUAUAAUUUCUUCCAAUUUUUAUGAUAAUAAAUUAGCAAUCCUAAAUAAUACGAAAACGAAAUACCCCAAUUUUAAGGAUACUUACAAUGCAUUCGAAGGACGAAAUAAUUUGAGUGAGAUGGAGAAAUCCACACAAAUAAUGGCAUAUAGUGAUAUAGAUACAAAAAAAGACAAAAAUUAUUUAUGCAGUGAAGAGAGAACUAAAAAUUAUCCUAAAAACGAAGUUAAUUGUAAUAUAUCUGCUUAUGAAAAGCACAAUUUUAUUGAAUCGAAUGAUAAAAACAUAUACAGCAUAGGUGGCAAUAAAAAUGAAAAAAACGAAAACAAAGUAAAUUAUUAUACAUAUAAAGAGGACAGUGUGAAAAUGUUCAUUUUAAUUUUAUUAGAGAAAUCCAUACAAUAUAGAAUUAAAGAAAAAAAAAAGAAAAAAAAAAAGAAAUUUUAUAACGAUUUUUUGAAUAUUAUACCACUGUAUUGUAAUGUUAAUAAUGUGCAUCAGCCACUCACAUUAUUGCAUAUUUUAAGUCGUAAAAAUGAUAUUUUUGUUUUUUUUUACGAAUGUAUUGAUAAAAAAAUUGAUAUAAAAACAUGCCAAGAUAUUAUUAAUUUAUAUACAAAAAAUAAAUAUACCAAAAAACAUAUAAGCAUUUUUCUUGAGCAUAUGAAAAAAAAUAUGUCUUUUUUGAUAAAAUUACAAAAUAUGAUGAAAAAUAAUAAAUUAUUAGAUAUACAAAACUAUUUUAAAGAAAAUAAUGAUUUGAUAAAUGAUUCUAUCGAAAAUAUUGAAUCUGAAACUCUUAUAACAUCAUCUAUUAAUGCUCGAUGUUUACCUUCAAAUAGUAAUAACAUAUCAUUAAUAUUAUUAGAAAAAAUGAAAAACAUUUUUAUUACAAAUACAGAUUUUUAUAGUAUCGAAAGUACUUCGAAGUAUGCUAACAAAUCCGCUUUGCAAAUUUUAUAUACAAUUAUAUACAAUGAUUUCGACUAUAAAAAUAUUCGGUUUGCCAUUGAAUUUAUUAUUCAAAAUAAUCCCAAUUAUACAAAGUUUUAUAUUUAUCUAACUGCUUAUGUUGAAUUCGUUUUUCAAAAUAAUUAUCCAUAUUUAUUUUUCAAAAAAUGUAAAUAUGCUGUAGAAAAGGAAUUUUGUGAAAAGACCGAAAAUGCUAUUAAUUUAAAAAAAUACGAAAAAAUAUUUGGUCGCAAUUUUAAUACACAUCAUGAAUUAAAACAAUUUUUAAUGGAUUUCAAGAAAAAAAAGGAACUAUAUGAUAGUCUAAUUAUUUUAUUAAAAAAUAUGUGGCUUUUUUUUCAAAUUAUAGAUUAUUUAUUAUUUUUAAGUGAAAUUAAAAUCAUCGAUACAAAUAAGUUAAAAUUUUAUAAUGUUAUUCAAAAUCUAGCAAACUAUAAAGACAAAUCAUUAGAUUUGUUUUUUAACAUGAUCAAUAAAGAAGAAACAACAUAUUCACUAAUUUUUUUUCUCAUAGCCAAUGAUAUAUUUAAUUUAUUAAGACGAUUUUUUUAUAUCUUUUACUUUGAUACACCAAUUUUUUGUUUAUACAACUUUGUUAAAUGUGUAAAAUCGUACAAAAUAUCCAGAGCAAAAUAUUAUCUUCAAAAGCAUUAUAACAAAUAUAUUAAAAUUAAUAAAAGAAAUAGUUCAGACAAUUUAUAUCAUAUAUUUUGUACUCAUGUAAUAAAUUAUUUGUUACUGAAUUUCCCCCAUAUAAGGUAUCUUAUAUUAAAAAUUCUAAUGGAAACAAAGUUUGAUUACAAAUAUAGAUUUUAUUAUUACACAUAUAAAAAUCUAUAUAGUCUUAAUUUGGAAAAAGAAAUAUAUAUGGAUAUUUUUCACGUUUGUGAGGAGUUAAUAAGUCGAAAUAAAUUUACAUAUAUAAAAAGUAUGCUAUCUAAAAUAUAUUCACCAAUAGAAAAUAUAGAGCAAUAUUCUUUUGAGUAUAACAAGCUUUUUAUUAUAUUGAAUAAAUUUGUGCUCCUACAUUAUUCUUGUUUUAAAAAAUUUAUAUAUAUAAUAAAAAACAGAAAAAGCACAGACGAUUAUAUAAGCUUAUUAUAUCAUAGUUCUCUUUCUUUUGGUUAUUCAACAGUAAUUUUUCUUUUAUUUCUUCUAAAUUAUUCUUAUUCCUUCCAAUCAAGAUUAAGCAUUUUUGAGCAGAUUCAUAUUUUAUUUUUAUGCAUAUUUUUAAUAAACGUUAUAAAAAAUAAAGAGUCGAAUUCCAAAAAAAGCAAAAUAAGUAAAAAAAAAAGUAUAUUUACAUUUAAUUAUAUAAAGAAUAAAGUACACAUAUCAGAAAACCUGUUUAAUGAUAAAGCGAUGAGAAACAACAACGAUGAAAAAAUUAGACAAAAAAAUAAUACAAAAUUGUGUAUAUUGAAAUUUUUGCCUCUAAGUGAUGAAGAGCAUGAAAAAAUAUUUUUGUUUAAAGAUUACAAUGAAAAUAGAAAAAAAUAUAUUAAAUAUUAUAAGGGUGGAAUUCUAAAUUUUGAAAUAUAUAAUAAAUAUAUUCAUUUACAAAACCAAUUUUAUAAUUAUUCAGAAAAGUAUUUCUACGAUUUUACAAAAAACAUAAAUAUCAUUAAAUAUUUAUGUAUUCAUAAGCACACAAUUAAAAACUUAAAAUUAAAGCUUAUAUAUUUAUUAAGUUUAAGUACAAAAAGUAAAAUAUCUAUACAUUUUGAUAAAUUAAAUAUAUCUUAUAUAAACGACAUUUUAAAAAGUAUAAAUUCUCGAACAAAUAGAAAUACAAAUGUGUAUGUCCAUUAUGUUACUAGAAAUAUUUAUGUAGACAGUGAGAAACAAGUCCAUAAAAAAAUCAACAAAAUGAUGAACUCCAUUUAUAGAAAUAGUCAAUUAAAUGAUGCAAAAAAUACAAGCAGAGAUAAAAAAUUAUACCUAUAUUAUCACAAUGCACCAGUAGAUUCGUUGGAAAUGCUUCACAAAGGAGAAAAUAAUAGCAACAAUAGUAAUAAUACUAGUAGUAGAAAUAGUACCAGGAUGAAUGAAAAUAUAAUGAAGAAUAUCAAUUACAAAGGUACCAAUAAUUACCAUCCUAAUAAAAGUAAUAAUAAUUUAGACUCCAAAUUUAUUCUUACUGUAAAAGAACUAAAUGAGAAUGAGCAAGCUAAAACGAACAUCAAUUUAUUAUUAAGCAUAUUUAUUUGCAUAAAUAAUUUAAUAAAUAAUUUAGAUGUAAUUAAAGCACAAUAUAUUAUAGACAAUUUUUGUAUUAAGAAAAUAUAUGAAGAAAUAAAAUGUGAUGAAAAAAAUAAAAUGUUAACAGAAUUGUUAGAAAACCAAAAGACCAAUGAGCGUGAUUAUAAUUCAAAACGUCUUAAUAAAUUCAAUAAUGCUAAAAAAAAGAAAAUUGGUAAAGAUUCAUUAUCGAACAUUGCCAAAAAUACAACUACUUGCUCAUAUUAUUAUGAAUAUUUAAAUAAAGAAGAACAAGAAAAUUUAUAUCAUUGUAAUUCUCUUUAUAAAAUAGGAAAUUAUGAAAUAAAUCAAUUCAAUCUAUUAAAUUCAAAGAGUAAAAAAAAAGAUGAUGUAGAUGUAAAAAAAAAUAUAGAAAUGAAAUUAAACUUGAAUAAUAAUGAUUCGUUUUUAAAAAUUGAUGAUAUAUAUAAAUAUAUUUAUUAUAAUUCAGUUUAUUCACUUGUUAUUUUUUAUUAUUUGUGCAUUGACACAAAAUUUGGUCUACAAUUAAUGAGAUUGCUUAAUUGCUCCAAAACAAAGAAUGAAAAUAAGUACAACAAUACAGAUACUUUAUUUUUUAAUAAUGCUAUAAGCCGAUGUAGUUUUGACAUAUAUAUGUUUGUUUUGCAAUCACAAUUAUUAUUUUGCAUUAAAAGAAAGACCCAUAUUAUGUUAAGACCUAUAUUUUGUGAUUUUAAAAAUGAAGUGCCAAUUUUAAAGAUUUUUUAUUAUGUUUUAAAAUAUUUUAUGAAGGUUAAAAAGGGAACAAUAUAUGAUACAUUGGUAGGAAAUAAAUUUAUACACUUAUUUAAUAGCAGAUUAAAUUUAGUAUGUGCAAACUUAUUGGUUUAUCAUAACUUUAUAUUAUUUUUAUUGAGUAAUUUUUAUGUUUACUCAUAUAAAAAAUAUAUUUGUGAAAAUUGUAGAACACAAUAUUACACAAAUCGUACAUAUUCUAAAGACAUAAAUAUUAAUAAGGGUGAUACUCAAAUAAAUAUAAACGAACAAGGGCCAAAUAGUAAAAAUAAAUAUGAGUCAAAUAAAGCUUUUAUAUAUUAUGAAUGCUCAUAUGAAUUUUUAAACAAGAAUAUUAAUUUAAUAUCAACUAAUUCCUGCAGCAUAAUAUACAAAAAGUUUUAUUUUAGAACAAUAUUAGAUGCUUAUUUUUACAUAUUAAAAAUUUUGAUAAAAAAUAAAUAUCACAAAACAAUUUUAAACGAUAAAAAAUGUUAUAAAGAAGCUAAAGACAGAAAAAAGCAAAGAAGAUCUUACUAUUACAGUGUUGGAGAUGUUGGGAAAUUAUUACCUAACGUUAAAUAUUCGGGUCUACAGUUGUCUAAUUAUCUUUUCUCUAAUUUAAUCGCAAUCUACAUAUCGAAUAAUAUAAUAUUACCACUAGAAAUAGAAGUAGAAAUUAUCAUUUUUUUAUAUAGAAUAGCAUGCAAAUUUACAUCAGAAGAACACGUUAAUCAGAUUGUGGGUAUAAUCAAGAAAAGAAUUUUAUUUUAUAUUAAAAAGAAAAAAAAUCAUAUUAUUUAUAGAUUAUUGCUAAAUAUAAAUGAAUACGGUAAAUUACACUUUAUUUUUAAAUUAAUUUUUGAAAAUAAAUUGAUAUUCGACUUUUUAAAGUAUAGUAAAAAUGUGUUUUCACAUUUAAAUGUAUAUAAUUUUAAUAAUGACCUAAGUGUCUCAUUAAAUAGUAAUUGCUUAAUAUAUCAUGAAAAGGUCUGCAAAUUAAAGAAUUAUUUUUUUAAUGAUACUGGAAGAGUACCAAAAAAUUUAUGCAAUAAUACUUUGGGGAAUGAUAAAUUUGCAUGUCAAAUUAGCAAUGACAAUGAUACAAUAAUAAACCAAUGUCAAAAGAGCCAUGAAUGUUGUUGCAAUGCUUUUAUAAAAGAAGAAAAUAAUGUAAAAACAACAAAAUUAAAGUUUUUUUUAAAUAUUCUUGAUAAUAUGUACAAAAAAGAUAAAAUGAAGAGAAUUGAAAUGGAAAAAAACCAAAUGAGUAUUUACUACGAUUUUAAUAAUUUACAUUUCAAAAAUUUGUUAAGCAUGUAUGAAAGAAAUGCAAUUUUGUUCCAAUACAAUAAUAAUCAAAAUAAUUUAUGCAUAUUUUAUGAUGAUCACUUUUUUGUGUAUAUAUUAGCAUUCUACAUAAGUAUAUAUUGCAAACAAUUCAAUAAAGGGAAUUUUGAACUUAUAACCACAAUUUAUAAAAAAAUUGGAUUAAAGUAUGAAUUGUAUAAACAUUUACAUAAAAGGACGAAAGAUUGCAUAAAUAUGCUAAAAUCUGAUAAAGACAUUUUUGAAAAUGAUAGCACAAUUCAAACAAUAAUAUUUUGUAUAAACAUAUUACAUCAUUGUGCUUUGAUACUAUUAGAAAUCCAAAAUUUGUAUAAAUAUGAUCGUAAUAUGAAUAAUAUAUUUCUUUUAAUUUUGCAACUUAAGUAUAUUUAUUUAUAUAAUAAGCAUAUGCUACAAAAUACAAAAAAACAAGAUUUUAAAUUAUAUAUAAAUAAUUAUAUAAAAUUAGACGGUUUAAUAAAUAAUAAUAUAUGUAACAACGAGAUUCAUGAGAUUUUCGAAAAUAUUCUACAAGAUAAUAUUAAAGUUGGCUAUUACAAAAUACAAUUUUUAAAUUUAUCACUUGAAAAUCUCAUUUCUUUAGUUGAAUCUCACCCAUCAUUUUAUGAAACCCUAAUUUUGUUAAAGGCUUAUGAGAAAUAUUAUGAUGACAUAGUAUAUUCAUUUAUACCAAAAAUAUUAUAUAUCCAAGUUGUUAUAUAUGGCAACAAAAAAUACUUGCACGAUUACUGCUCCUAUAGUUGUAUUGAUAAAAAUACAACCAAAUAUAUAGUGAAAUUAUUUAUGAUGAACAGUGUUCAUUUAAAGUAUAAUAAUAAUUUCCCAACAAAAAAAUAUAAGUAUAUAACUAUCAAAGAAAAUAAUUUAAUCUUUGACUUUUCAUCAUACAUAAAAUCAGCAAUAAAUCUCAAUAUUCCAAAAGAAAAUGAAAAAGACGAUAUUUAUAAUUAUCCUACCCAUACAAUAUCGCUUAAAUUUAUUUUAAGUCAAUUAAAUAAUAUAGACUAUAAAAUAAAGGCUUGCAAAAAAUUAGGUUCUGAUUUUGAUGACAUGCAUUAUGAAUGCAAAAAUAUUCUAAAUUUGACAAUGACUUAG